AGAGAGGAGGAUAGCCUGGCACAGAGAGGAGAGAGAAGAGGGCAGCCUGGCACAGAGAGGAGGAUAGCCUGGCACAGAGGGGAUAGAGAGGAGGGCAGCCUGGCACAGAGAGGAUAGAGAGGAGGGCAGCCUGGCACAGAGGGGAUAGAGAGGAGGGCAGCCUGGCACAGAGAGGAGGACAGCCUGGCACAGAGAGGAUAGAGAGGAGGGCAGCCUGGCACAGAGAGGAUAGAGAAGAGGGCAGCCUGGCACAGAGAGGAGGAUAGCCUGGCACAGAGAGGAUAGAGAAGAGGGCAGCCUGGCACAGAGAGGAGGACAGCCUGGCACAGAGAGGAUAGAGAGGAGGGCAGCCUGGCAGAGAGAGGAGGACAGCCUGGCACAGAGAGGAUAGCCUGGCAUAGAGAGGAGGAUAGCCUGGCAUAGAGAGGAGGAUAGCCUGGCACAGAGAGGAGGAUAGCCUGGCACAGAGAGGAGGAUAGCCUGGCACAGAGAGGAGGAUAGCCUGGCACAGAGAGGAGGAUAGCCUGGUACAGAUAUUAGGUGGAGCAGCAGAGACAGUCUUAGACAGAGUGAGAGGAACUUCUAAAGCAGGUCUAAUGUCUAGUAAAGGAGUUCUGGGAAAACCGGGAUAUGAUAUUGGGGAGGAGGGAUAUCCUGAUCAGGAGGAAGAGGAGAAAUUCAUGGACAGGGGACACCCCAUCCUGGUGAGAACUUUACCUUCAGAGAAAAAUUUAUCACUAAAACUGAUGAGAUAUUUUGGAUCCAAUUCGAAGUCUGGCGGAGGAGAGUGCGAAGUGACCCGGGUGGAUGGACAGACAUACUGCGCCGUCUUCCAGAAUCAGGAUGAUCCGAGAAGAGUUCUGGGAAGAGGAAACCAUGUCAUAGAGGUCACCGUGCCGGUGACGGUUCAUGAUAUCGGAAGAGAAGAUCUUGCCAGGAUCCGGCAGUUGUCCGGUGAUGAAGAGAGACUGAAGAUGUUGCAUCGAUUGGCCGUCAGAAUUCCCAGAAUUUCCCGAAGUGCUUCCUCUGUAGAGAAAAUGGACACCGGACGUUCCUCUGCCAUGGACACCGAUCGUUCCUCUGCCAUGGACACCGGACGUUCCUCCGCCAUGUACACCGAUCGUUCCUCUGCCAUGGACACCGGACGUUCCUCCGCCAUGGACACCGAUCGUUCCUCUGCCAAUACACAGAAAGUGGAAGAGCCAGACUUGUGUCCCAUCUGCCUGUGUGAGCCAGAAGAUAAGGUGAUAUUGGAGAAGUGUAAGCAUGCGUACUGUAAGGAAUGUCUUAGACGAGCCACGGCCAAGAAACCUGUGUGUGCGAUAUGUGGAGACGCGUAUGGGACAGUCACAGGAGACCAGCCUGAUGGAACUAUGAGUGUGCACACAAGCAAAUACCAACACCUACCGGGAUAUCCUGGGUGUGGAAUCAUAGAGAUCACCUAUGACAUCCCAUCGGGCACCCAGCAGGUGAGUGCAGACCUCAGAGGUAAUGAUAGACUUCUCCUGAGAGACAGGGAUGGAUUCCAUAGAGUUCUAGAGAUCCUUCAUUUUAUCCAUUCAGAGUAAAGUGAAUGAACCCCC